AUGGUGCUUCUGACAUCCUCCACUGUCUCAGUCAUUCUGUCGACAGGGGUGAUCUCCAUCUUCACCGUCCUCCUCUUUCUCUCCGGAUACACGCUGCAGCAGCAAUCCGUCCGAAACAUCCAGCAUGCGCUUCGCCCUCCUGCACCCCUCGAGCCCAAGAUAGGCCACGGAUCAGCAGGAUCGUCAUUCCAGGGCACAAAGCGAAGCCUCUUGUUCGAUCUAGUCUCCGACGACGACGCAGACGAUGCUUCCUCCGCGCCGCACUCCCCCACCGGCGGGAACUACGCCUAUCUCCAACUUCUAUCAACCCCAGAUCCAUCCAACAUCUGCUCCGCCAUUCUGUUCUUCAAGCAGCUCGCAUCCAACGGCACCACCGUCCAAGAUCGCCUCUUCAUGUACCCACAGGAAUGGGACAUGAUGUCAGCCAGCCAGCUCUCCGAGCCCGUCUCGACAGCGCUGUCCCUGCUGCGCGACGCCAGCCUCAAAUACGGCAUCUGGCUGCUCCCCAUCGACAUGACGGCCGCCUCCUCCGCCGGAUACGCCACCACAGACACGAAGCUGCUGCGUCUCGGCCAGAUCCAGUUCAUGCAGUAUGACAGCGUCCUGUACGUCCAGACCCCCGGGAUGCUGCUCGACACGGGGAAACUGGACGACGUGCUGCUCUCGAGACCCCUCCCCUUGCGCCAUGACAAGUCCCGCCCCGAGUCGUUCAACAACGACGCCUGGAUCCCCAUGCCGUUGCGGGCCGACCGCGACGCCACCCUCCCGCCUGUGUACCUGAUCACCGUCAAUAAUGUCGGCAGCGGGCAUAUCGAGGCGCGCGGCCAUGUGCCUAACGUUGCGCUGUCGGGCUUUGGCGAGUUGGUCACGGGUCCCUGGGGAGCGCAGUCUGCGCAGGAAGACGACUAUGAUGUGGAGAAGCAGCCGGGGUAUGUCUUCUUCGAGCAUGACGAUGAUGGCCAUGUGAAGUGGGCGAAGAACCCGCUGUUUGGAUCCUGGAGGGCCGGGCAGUAUGAAGUAUGCGAGGGGCUGGAUUUUGACGAUGUGCAUGAUGAUGAUUUGUAG